AUGGCCAGUAAAGCCGCCUUAUCCGCGCUGGUGCCGUUACUGCUAGUGACGCUCGUCCUCGGAAGUCCGCUAGACAACGCGAACCCAUUCCUCGUUGGAGGUAAUCCUGCCCCUGCGGGAGCCUUCCCAGCGCAGGUUGGCAUACAGAUCGGUGCGACGCGGUUCUGCGGUGGUACCAUCCUGAACCAGAACCACAUCCUUACGGCGGCUGGGUGUGUGUUGGACGCCAAUAACCAUCUCGUCGCCCCGAACACACUGACGGUGCGCGCUGGAGCACUGAUCCUCAACGAAAACGCACCGCUUCUGGCCGUCCAACGGAUCUUUCCCCAUCAGCAGUACAACCCGUGGACGUUUGAGAACGACAUCGCGGUGUUGCGGUUGACGAACAACAUCUUGUUCCCGGUGCAGAUUAACCCCAACCUGGCACCGGCUGUCUUGUACCAGCGGAUCGUUCCCGAGAGAGCCCAAUGUCAGGUGGUCGGUUGGAAUUGGCAGCCAGCGGCUCAAAACCUGCCACUUCAAAUGCUGAACGUGGAGUACGCAUCGAAUGUUGCCUGCAACCAGUACCAUGUGCUGCGAGAUUCGAUGGCCUGCACGCAACUAACGCAGCAAACGCACGGCUUAUGUGAACCAAACCGAGGUGGAGGAGUCUACUACAACAGCCAGCUGACGGGCGUUCUUUCGUUUGGCUUCGGGUGCACGGCGAACCAAACCAUGACGGUGUUCACGCAGGUCCGCUACUACAACCAGUGGAUCCAGCAGCAGUUCGUGCGCACGGAUACUCCUCCUGCUGGUCCGACACCCGCACCAGGAGUAGUGGGUGGUCAGGGUGGAGGUGCCACAAGUAUCGCGCUCUCGUUGGUCACCGUUUUGGUGGCGAUCGUGUCCACCCUCUGCCUUGUGUAA